AUGGUAAAUAUCGAGAAAUAUAUACGCGAGGUACUUUCGAUCCACAUUGGCCAAGGCGGUGUGCAGAUAGGCAACGCCUGCUGGGAGCUUUAUUGUCUGGAGCACGGUAUACAACCAGACGGUAUGUUGCCACCGCAGACUUGUACAAACGACGAAGGCUUCCAGACCUUCUUCAGCGAAACGGGCGGCGGAAAAUACGUGCCUAGGGCCGUUUUCCUCGAUCUCGAACCCACGGUGAUAGACGAGGUACGCACGGGAACGUAUCACCAGCUGUUUCAUCCCGAGCAGCUGAUCUCCGGCAAGGAGGAUGCCGCCAAUAAUUAUGCGCGCGGUUUCUACACCCUCGGCAAAGAGAUCAUCGACCUCGUGUUAGAUAGAAUCCGCAAGAUAGCCGACAUGUGCGGCGGCCUGCAAGGUUUCCUCAUCUUUCAUACGUUCGGCGGUGGCACCGGAUCCGGCUUCGCCAGUCUGUUGAUGGAACGAUUAUCCACGGAUUACGGCAAGAAAGCAAAGCUCGAGUUCGCGAUAUAUCCGUCGCCGCAGAUCUCGACGGCCGUCGUGGAGCCGUACAACGCGAUCCUGACGACCCACAGCACCAUAAGUAAUUCCGACUGCGCGUUCCUCGUAGACAACGAAGCGAUCUACGACAUUUGCCGGCGCAAUCUGGACAUCGAACGGCCGACCUACACGAAUCUGAACCGGCUGAUCGGUCAGAUAGUCUCCUCGAUCACGGCGUCUCUGAGAUUCGACGGCGCUCUAAACAUCGAUCUCACCGAGUUUCAAACGAAUCUCGUGCCCUAUCCCAGGAUACACUUUCCUCUGGUAACCUACGCGCCCAUCGUAUCCAGCGAAAAGGCCUAUCACGAGCAGCUCACCGUGAUGGAGCUCACCACGGCCUGCUUCGAGCCGGCUAUGCAGAUGGUCAAGUGUGAUCCGCGGAAAGGAAAGUACAUGGCCUGUUGCCUGCUGUACAGGGGCGACGUGGUGCCAAAGGACGUCAACGCCUCGAUCGCGAUCAUCAAGACCAAGAGAACGAUACAGUUCGUUGACUGGUGUCCCACGGGUUUCAAGGUAGGAAUUAAUUACCAGCCGCCGACUGUGGUACCGGGCGGAGAUCUAGCGAAGGUGCAAAGAGCCAUGGCCAUGUUGGCGAAUACCACAGCGAUCGCCGAAGCGUGGAGGAGAUUAAACAGAAAAUUCGAUCUCAUGUUCAGCAAACGAGCUUUCGUUCAUUGGUACGUCGCCGAAAACAUGGACGAGAGCGAAUUUAACGAAGCUAGGGAAGAUCUGGCUGCGUUAGAGAAAGAUUAUCACGAAGUCGCGACGGAUUCUCCGGAUAUCGGUGGCGAAGAAUUUUAAGAGACUUGCACGCAUUUGGUGGGAUAAAUGAACCUUUUUCUCUUUUCUAUUCGAAUGUACCGUUUUUGUAGGAUUUUUACAUGGAUUUUUUGUAUUGUCUCGUAUAUUUUAUGCAUUAUUUUUAUUUUAGAUAUGAAAAUUUAUACGCGUCUUUGUGAUGUAAUAAAAAAAGUUGGAUCAUUUAUGCUCUGCGAUAUCGAAUUUCUUAAUCAGAAACUUGAAUCGUAGAGACUUUGCGGGAGAUUCUCGGGAGAGAAACUGGAGAAAGACUGGAAUUUGAGAAAGAUGUAAUAACGUUCGUAGAUAUUAUAGGCUUUUUAUUGUAUAGAACAGCACGCGGCUGCGCGAAUUAUAUUACAUAUGUAUAAAUUUCCGUCGGCAUCUUUACAUUACGGUCGGAGAAACUCUCGCAUCGCGCACGUAAAACUUUUGUUCUUCCUCGGGUGUAUGCAAGUGUGGUGUAAAAAUCGUGAACAUUUCGUAUUUGUGCAUGUUACGCUGAUACGUGAGAAACUUAAAAUAGAUAUUGCAAAGAAGACGAAAGAAAAGAAAACGUACCCACGUGGGACUAAAUCUUUGUGAAACAAGUUACAAUGUCGAAUUAAAUAGUCGUUAAUCGUAAUAAUUACGAUAAUAAUAAUAAGAGCGAUAAUGUUGCGCAAAUGAUCGAGGCGUGGCCAAGCUGACGACAGAAUAACACACGACAACU